AUGUUUAGUAAUAGUAAUGAUGAUAAUUUUUCAGAAUUAAAUAUUCCUAAAUAUCAAGAAGAUAAUGAAAGUGACAAUAUUUUAUUAGAAGUUGAAAUAGUAUUUGAUAAUUACGAUUAUGCAAAGUGGUUUCUUAAUCAAUAUGCAAGAAACAAUAAAUUUGUUGUUGUAAAAGAGCAAGUCGAAAAGAAUAAAAUCAACAAGUCAAUUGUUGUAAAGAAGAUAUUUAAGUAUCAUCAUGGUAGAAGUCAAAAACCAAAAUUAUUAUUUAUAUUGUACAACAAAGAGAUCAUAAAUCAGAAAAAAUUAAUUGUCUAUGAACAUUAA